AUGUCCCUAGUGGCAGACCAAGUACGACGGUUGGACGCGCAGCUGGACCGUGUCCCGCUUAGCCACUUGACAAGCUAUGACGCCACUCGAGCCUCCAUAGAUUUGGAUAGUCCUCGUGUGAAGGACUUGUUGAAGAUCAUCAAAUCAUUAUCGGCGGGCUCGGGAUCGCAAAGCGUCCUCCCUGCACGGCAGGUCCAGACUCUCCUAUCCCAGUCAAACUUGCUGUCAGAACAUGGCGAGGAGAUAUCAGCGAAUCAAUAUGAAGCAGAGCUUGAAUGGAUAUUGGUUAGCAAAGCCACUGUUCAAACGUACGGUAUCAUUCUAGAUACACUGCUAGAUCAAAUUAUCCCGCUAAGUGACCAUAUCUGGUAUUGGGACGACGUAGUAUCAUCCCCAACAUAUAGCAGUUUCUACAUGGUGCAAACCUCUCCUAUCCGUCUUUGGGCUUGGACUAGGGAUAUCUAUCAUGACAGCAAGAUCAGAUUCCAGCAAUUUGCGACUGGUGACGCUUCAAUUAGCGGCUUCGAACAUGGGUCACAUGCAGAGGCUAUCCAAAAUAGCAUUACGCAACGGUGGAGACAGUUCUACGGCAUCGUGAGAGAGACCAUACGAGAAAGGUCGCUUCUCAAUAUACACCGAACAAUUAUGUCGCCAGUUGCUCUCUGUCGCUCCGAGGCCCGCAAGAAACAAGUUAAGUUGAAGAGGCUUAGGGAAAUGACAUCAAGUGGUUUAGGUGUUUUAAUCGACGAAGGUCUCGUGUUCAAUAGCAACGGUAGUGACGACGGAAAGAGUGAUAUGAUACUCUCGGCAAAUCAAGAGUGGAAAGGGGUCGUUGAGCGAAGCGUGGCUUUGAUGGACAUGGUACUCAAGGACGUCCUAGCAUUGAACGUUGGGGUUGCCGACUUUGAGGAUCGAGUUUUUGCUGGUGUCGAGGAGGAUCCAGAGUUAUCGAUCCAAGCUGAGGAGGAUGAGAUUACCCGUCCGGCAAUCGUAGCUAAAAGGAUCCAGGACUUAUUGGAUACUCAUUUGCCGGAACACCUCUCCGCAGCAGAGAGACUCGUGGCAGAAAAUGGACGGCCAUCGAGACUCGUGAGAUAUUGGCUGCCGGCCACAGUACUCCUCUUCUCCUCAACUACGAUCCUGCGAAUACUUGUCAACAAGAACCAGGAGAUCAUACAUUGGAUAAGGGAUCUCGGUGUUACUGUACGAGACUUUUGGUUCAACUGGAUUAUCGAUCCUGUUCGUAAGGUUAUUGGUACCAUUCGCCAUGACGCAAAUAGCGAAAUUGCUAUUAUGAGCCGUGAUAGCCUCCAGGCAGACAAAGAAAGCCUGGAGCGUAUGGUAGUCGACUUCGCGCUUGACAAGCCAAGUGCCGCAACCGGUGCCUCGUCGUUAUCGGAAUCGCAAGUUGCCGAAAUCAGGGCCAAAGUCCGAGAGGGAGAUGUGACUCCGAUUCUUCGCGCGUACGAAAAAGACUUGCGUAGCCCUUUCAGGGGUACCGUCCGAGGUGACCUGGUCCGAACGUUGCUUAUUCAGGUGCAGAAGACGAAGGUCGAUAUCGAAGUUGCCAUGAGCGGUAUUGAUGCUCUCCUAAGAAGCCAAGAACUUGUUUUUGGCUUCGUAGGACUUACACCUGGUAUUCUCGUGUCUGUCGGAGUGGUACAGUACCUCCGAGGUGUUCUAGGGAGCAAACGAGGAUUCCGCGAAACCCGGAGAGCCGGCAAAUGCGUCCGGGUCCUUCGCAACAUUGACCGCAUCUUAUCAGAAGCAACACCGACGCCGAACAACCUCUUGUCGUACAAGGAUCACGGUCUCCUUGUAUGUGAAGUACAUGUGCUACGACGUCUCGCACAAAGCCUCAUUCCGGCAGACAUUGAGAAGGAUUUCCUGGAAGACUUGGACGACCUUGCUAACCUCAAAGGGAUCCAGUCGCAAUUGCGGGCCUUGGAUAGGAUACGUUGGGCGUAUUCCAAGUGGCUGAGAUAA